UUACGCGGUAGGUUGCGUCGCACGGAAAGUCACCUCUUCGCGUCGGUCAGACAGAAGCUAGCCGCGCUAGCACAGCCACAGUCCCGAGGGGAACAGGUCGACAGUAGAUCAGCCCCACGGGCUCCUGUUGUUUAUUUAUUCGCCUUCGUCGUACAAGGAAACGUCAAGGAGAUUUUUAGUGAGGUUAAUUUUAAGAAAGCUCCGUAGCUAAGUAACCGUGUAACCAGUUAGCUUAGUCCCUCAGUGUUUUCUCUUCGUCCAGAUCGUCUAACGUUAGUUUGGAUCAUGGCUGCACUCAGAGUGUCAUACCACAGGAUUUUGGACAGGAUCGAGCAUAUGCUACCCGCCAAAUUGAGACCUCUCUACAACCACCCGGCAGGUCCAAAAACAGUUUUCUUCUGGGCCCCAAUGUUUAAAUGGGGCCUGGUUGCAGCUGGUUUGGCUGACAUGACUCGACCAGCAGAUAAACUCAGUACCUCCCAGUCUGCAGUGUUGACGGCCACAGGGCUGAUCUGGUCCAGAUACUCAUUGGUCAUUAUCCCAAAGAACUGGAACCUGUUUGCUGUCAACUUCUUUGUGGGCAGUGCAGGAGCCUCCCAGCUCUUUAGAAUCUGGAGGUUCAAACAGGAACAAAAAGAAAAGGCUAAAGAGGAUCAAGAGGCUGCAGAGUCCUGAGAUCUCUUCUCUUGUCGCCUCUCCAUCUGCAGUGGACUGAAAGGGAGACUUCACCCUGGGCACCAUCCUGCCCCUUAUCAUUCAUCCCAUGUUGUCUCCAUAACAACCAUACCAUAACCAUUGUUCUGCCACAUUCAGCCUGUUCUUGUUUCCUCAGGGUGGGAAAAUAAAAACAGACAUUCAACACAGUCAAGAAUGAUGGUCACAAACGCACAAGUGCAACUUGAUUCAGGAGUUGUAUGAUUGUACAUCAUUUUUUGUUUAUGCUUAAACCUCAUGCACUAGUUGGGAAGUUUUGCUUUUUCCAUCAGUUCUUCAGGUGUAGCACUCAAUACCUCAUGCAAUAAUUUCCCAAAACAUGCAACUGUUAGAUUUGUGCUGAACGUGGUUUAAGGAAUGUUUCUAAAUGAAAAUGAGAAGGAUGCCACUGCAUUAAUCUCAUCAUUUGCUUAUUUAGAAUUUGGUUACAUCAGUGUGUUUAUCCUUAUUAAAUCAUUAAUUUAUGAUUCCUUCUAAUUUAAUGGUUUUAAGUGUCUUAUUCUACAAGAACAAAACUAGUUUUUAAAAGUUUUCUCUAAUCUCUAUUAGGAACAUUUACACUAAUGCCACAUUUAAGAUCCAGCUUUUUACAGACUGUUGCAGUCAAGUAGCGAGACUUUCAACUUCACUGACCAUAUACCUGUUUUUUUAGGAAAUGGUUUCAUAUUUGACUACUGAAGCAAUAACUGGUGACAUCACUUUAAACUGUUUGAGCUGACUGAUGGAAAAAAUAACACCUUGAAGGUUAAUGUGGAUCUGUUGUGUUAAUAAAUCCAAUUAAAGACA